GAGUAAUCGAGAAGGAAACACCGAGGCGAAAGUAAAAGAAGGCGGUUCCUCGGUCACGUCAGGACAGCUGUUCACGAUGUCUGUGGAAGAACUUAAGGGUAAAAUACAGCAAUUGGAAGCCGAACUCAAGCAGCUGAGAGAUGACAAGGGCUGUGCAAGAGAGAAAAUCGCCCAAAUGUCGGGUGAAGUGGUGGAUAGUAACCCAUAUAGCCGAUUGAUGGCCCUAAAGAGAAUGGGAAUUGUGGAAGACUAUGAAAAGAUUAGAACUCAUACUGUUGCCGUUGUAGGAGUUGGUGGUGUUGGCAGUGUAACUGCGGAAAUGCUCACUAGAUGUGGUAUUGGCAAGCUUCUGUUGUUUGACUAUGACAAAGUAGAGCUGGCCAACAUGAACCGACUGUUCUUCCAGCCCCACCAAGCAGGGCUUAGCAAAGUUGCCGCCGCAGCUAACACUCUGCAAUUUAUCAAUCCUGAUGUCACAUUUGAAACUCAUAACUAUAAUAUUACAACCGUAGAUAAUUUCGACCACUUCAUGGACAGAAUUAAGACUGGUAGUUUAACAGGUGGUCCAGUGGAUCUUGUGCUGAGCUGUGUAGAUAACUAUGAGGCUCGAAUGGCUGUUAACCGAGCUUGCAAUGAAUUGGGUCAGACUUGGUUUGAGUCCGGUGUUGCAGAAAAUGCAGUCUCAGGUCACAUUCAGUUCCUGAUCCCAGGGGAGAUUGCUUGUUUUGAUUGUGCCCCUCCUCUAGUGGUUGCGAGCCAGAUUGAUGAGCGUACCUUGAAACGUGAGGGUGUGUGUGCAGCCUCUUUACCCACCACAAUGGGUAUAGUUGCUGGCAUGCUGGUGCAAAAUGUACUCAAGUAUUUGCUGAACUUUGGUCAGGUGUCCUACUACUUAGGUUACAAUGCCUUAGUGGACUUCUUCCCCACCAUGACGGUGAAACCCAACCCUCAGUGCGAAGACUCUUGGUGCCGGAAGAGACAGGCAGAGUACAAUGCCAAGAAGGCAGCUGAACCUAAGGUGGAGAAGGUGGUAGAGGAGGAGAAAGCAGUUGUCCAUGAGGAUAAUGAAUGGGGUAUUUCUCUUGUUGACGAGACAACCCCCGAAGAGACCAGCUCUGAGCCCCAAGUGUCAGGUCUUGCAAAGGGUAUAACGGUAGCCUAUGAGAGACCAGCCCCAACAAGCACCGAGGACGAGGCCAGCGUGGUCCAAACGGAAGACACCUCCCUGGAUGACCUCAUGGCACAAAUGAAAUCGCUCUAAGGUUAUUUCAUGAGUGGGAGGGAGGCAUGGGAGUGUAUUUUGGGAUUGGGGUCUUGCAAGAUAUAUUGAUGACAAGUAGAAGAGGUGAUGAGAAACCAAUUCAAAAUGUUGUAUGUAUCACAGAAGCUCUGAAAUAGUCUGAAUUUAUAUGAUGAUGAAUCUCUUCAAGAGUUAAGGAAUCAGUGUUUUUCUUCAGAAAAUAAAGCUCUAUUGGUUUGCUA